CUUUCCUCUUUCUCAAUUCUUUACUCACGCAAUCGUGGUUCAUCGGGUUUCCACUUACUUCGGUGUUCCUACACCGCCCACGUGAUUACCUCACCACUUUCUUGGCGGUAUAAAUUCCUCACCUCCGAUCGCAUUCUCCACUUCUCUUAUCCCCCGACUCUCUCCUUAUCACUCUGCGCUUUUCCCGUCGCGUGUUUACGCCCCCCGUCUCCGCGCCAUCUCUCACAACCUGCGUGUGAUUGUGCGCGGAAGUGUGUAUCCAGUCUUUUCGAGAAAUUCGCGAACGCGUCAAUCCCCAAGAACCCUGUGUCUGUGACAUCACCAUAGAGCUUGUAUCUCGCUCUUCUGGCACUAGUCUUCAUGGCGACCCCGCCACCCGAGGCUCCUCCUGUUCUUAAGGAGGAGAAGCCCCAGCUUCCUCCAUCUCCUACCGGAGUGACUGCGCCUGAUGUUGCGCCUACCAGUGCGACCACAGAUGUCAAGAUGGCCGGUACGGAUACCCCGACUGCAAACAACACCCCCGUAGUCAAUGGUAAUGGUCACCCCCCGGCUGCAUCUACAACAAACGGCACGGGAAGUGCUGCAUCUCCCCCCAAAUCUCCUGCGCCUGCUUCCGACGCCCCAGCUGCUCCUGCGUCUGCUCAACAGACUCCUACUGAGCCCACUAUGGCCGACCAGAAGCCAUCCGAGGCAGUGACCCCAGCCGUGAACUCCGAGGAUAAGGCGACUCCCAAGGAACCUGCCCCUACCCCCGCUGGCGGACCCCUAGCAGCUUCAUUCGACGGAGCCAAUGAUAUUGAAAUGCAGAUUGAUGGCCCGUCAGAUGCACCUGCACCACAACCUUUGAAGACCGAAUUACCCCAUCAUCCUACCACUGAGAGCGCGACACCGUCCCUGCCACCUAUCCAAACCGAUUAUGAGAUGAAGGAUACAUCCAGUGCGCCCAUGUCCCCAUUCAAAGCCUCUCGUGAACGCUCGGAAGAUCCUGUAGAGGAACCUGCGGCCAAGCGUACCAAGGUGGCUGGCGAGAAUGGAACACCUGCCGCCAAGCUCCCGGAAGGUCCCAAGCCUACUACUGAGACUUCUCGCUCUUCCCAGUCUGGCGUCACUAAGUUGCAACAUAAGUUCCUCACAAAGUGCAUCUCAAGCUUGAAGCGUAUGCAUGACUCGCGUUUCUACCGUGAACCCGUGGAUCCAAUCAAGCUGAAUAUUCCGAACUAUCACCAUGUUAUCACCAAACCCAUGGAUCUGGGUACCAUCGAGAGGAAGCUUAAGGCCAACGUGUACUCUUCCCCGAAGGCAUUUGAGGAUGACUUUGCUUUGAUGGUCGAUAACUCUUUGCGCUUCAAUGGCCCCGACCACCUGGUCACUCAAGAGGGCCAGAAGCUCAAAAUCACUUUGGAUAAGCAGAUGGUCAACCUUCCCAGACCCGAUGAGGUGGAGGAAAAGAAGCCUAAGAAGAGCUCGGAGAAGACUUCAGCUGCGCGACGAGAGCCACGUACCUCCCUUCCCAGCCAGCCCGCCAAGGCAGCCUCACCCCAGAGCGCCACCACCACUUUCGCGCUGGGUCCCGAAGGCUUACCCACUAUUCGUCGCGACUCGUUCAACCCUGAUGGUCGACCCAAGCGGUCCAUCCACCCUCCUAAGCGGGACCUGCCGUAUUCUACCAAGCCCAAGAAGAAGAAGUACCAGUGGGAGUUGCGGUUCUGCCAGGAAGUUCUCGAUGAGCUCCACAAGCCCAAGUAUCAACUCAUUGCGAUUGCUUUCUACUACCCCGUGGACCCUGUUGCUCUCAACAUUCCAACAUACCAUAACGUGAUCAAGAAGCCGAUGGACUUGAUGACCAUCCAGUCUAAGCUCAAGACUGGCCAAUACGAAAACGCCAAGGAGUUCGAACAAGAUAUCCGCUUGAUGUUCAAAAAUUGUUGGCGGUUCAACCUCAAGGGCGAUCCGACCUACGUGGCCGGUGAGAGCCUGUCGGAGGUUUUCGAUAAGAAGUGGAAAGAAUUGCCGGCGUACCUCGAGAAGCACGAGCCUCACCAUGAGCAAGAAGCCGAUUCCGAGGAGGAGGAAAGCGACGAAGACGUGGAGGAGAGCGACAACGAGGAUAAUGAGAAACUCAGCCUACUGCAGAAGCAGAUCGCAGAGAUGUCCCGUCAGGUGGAGAUGAUCACCCAGAAAAAGAAAAAGACUCCCCCUGCCAAGAAGCUUGGGAAGUCUAAGUCGGGCAAGAAGGAGAUCAAGAAGAGCAGCAGUACUAUCGGCAAGAAGGACAAGAAGAUCAGCAGCAAGGGCUACAAGGAUAAGACGCGCUUUGUGACCUAUCACGAAAAGCAGAUCAUCUCCAACGGCAUCAGUAGCCUUCCUGACAAGAAGAUGCACGAGGCGCUCGGGAUUAUCCAGAGUAACGUCCCUGCUCUUAAGGGUACCCAAGAAGCCGAGAUCGAGCUCGACAUUGAUGAGCUGCCAAACAACGUCCUUUUAUUGCUUCUUGAUUUCGUGAAGAAGAACGUACCCCACAUCAUGGAUGACGAGGACAUUGCCCCAGUUGCCGGUUACGCGGCCCCCAAGCCGAAGAAGAACAAGCCCAUGAGCAGCAAUGAGCAAGAGGCUCGGAUCAAUACCCUUCAGAGCAAUCUCUCCCGGUUCGAUGGAGGUGCUCCUGUUCCCUCGGUUGAGAACAACGAGUCCAGCGAAGAUGAGUCGGACGAGGAUUCGGAGGAGAGCGAGGAGGAGUAAAAACUCCGUGCACCCAUCGUUGCUGUCUCUUAGGUGCAAGGGAUAUCUUGCUUUGACUUGCGUUCCGAGCGUUAAUCUGUUUUUUUUUUC